UGUUCUUUGUUUGACAGUUCUGUUGUGAAAACCCGCGAAUGUAGACGUAAACGUGUCGGUGUCGAUGUUUUUAUUGUAAUUAUCACAAUUAUAUAUUUAUUAACGAUAAAAGAAAGAAAUACAGUUUCAAAAAAGCAGUUAAGAUCAACAAUCAUGAGUAGUAAUGCAAAAAGGACGAUAUACGUUGGUGGCUUAGCUGAAGAAGUAGACGAAAAAAUGCUUUCUGCAGCAUUUAUUCCUUUUGGAGAUAUUGUUGAUAUACAAAUUCCUUUAGAUUAUGAAUCGGAGAAACACAGAGGAUUUGCUUUUAUAGAAUUCGAAGCUGCUGAGGAUGCUCUUGCAGCAAUUGACAAUAUGCACGAUUCGGAAUUACAUGGGCGGACAAUUCGUGUGAAUAUCGCUAAACCGCAAAAGAUUAAAGAAGGUUCCUCGAAACCGGUCUGGGCAGACGAUGCCUGGCUACAGGAACACGCAGGAGAAACCUUAAAAGGAUCGGAAACGACACCUGCCGAAGACACUGUGUCAGCUUCAAAGAAGAAACAAAAUCCACAAGUUUACUUCGACGUCAGUAUCGGAAGACAAGAACUCGGCAGAAUAAUAAUGAUGCUCCGAGCUGACAUUGUUCCAAAAACGGCAGAAAAUUUUCGUUGUCUCUGCACUCACGAGAAGGGUUUUGGAUAUCAGGGAAGUUCGUUUCAUCGCAUCAUUCCGGAUUUUAUGUGUCAAGGAGGAGAUUUCACCAAUCACAAUGGGACCGGUGGUAAGUCGAUUUAUGGUAAAAAAUUUGACGACGAGAAUUUCGAUUUAAAACACACUGGACCCGGGACAUUGUCGAUGGCAAAUUCUGGUCCAAAUUCAAAUGGUUCACAAUUCUUUUUGUGUACCGCAAAAACCGAGUGGUUGGAUAAUAAGCACGUUGUUUUUGGUCACGUUCUCAGUGGACUGGAGGUUAUGAAGAAAAUUGAAAAGUGCGGCACUAAAGGUGGAACUCCUUCGCAAAAAGUUGUUAUCACAAAUUGUGGUGAAUUGACGUGAAGAAAAUAAGACUGAAAUAGAUCCAAGUUUGUUUUACCGAUAAAAUAGUAACAAAAUAUUUAUUUUCCCUUGGAAAACGAAUACAAAGAGAAAUAACAGUCACCGUAAAAAAAAUAUAAACAAUUUUAAUAGUA